CUGUUUACCUGAACCAUGGGGAAGCCCUGCCCUUUACCUGCAAUCUGGGACAAGGUUUCCGGUUACAGGCUUGACAGCUGCGUCUCGGUGCUGCAGGGAAGGACUCGUUUCUCUUUCAUUUCUUCAGGCGUCGAUUCGCCCCGGAGGAGAAUCACAGUUUUCCAUUUACGUGGCGGUGAGGCGAGACGCAGACACGGAUUGCGAAACACUGAGAAAAUGGCGAGCGGAGGCUGCAUGAAAGUGAUCAAAUACUUCCUCUUCUUAUUUAACCUCCUGUUUUUCGUUCUUGGAGCCGUGAUCCUCGGGUUCGGAAUAUGGAUACUGGUGGAUAAAACCAGCUUCAUCGCCGUCUUACACAGCUCAUCGUCGUCUCUGAAGAUUGGCUCCUACAUCCUGAUCGCUGUCGGGGGCUUCACGAUGAUCAUGGGGUUCCUGGGCUGCAUCGGGGCUGUGAACGAAGUGCGAUGCCUCCUGGGACUGUAUUUCACCUUCCUGCUGCUCAUACUCCUGGCUCAGAUCACCGCCGGCGUCCUGAUUUAUCUCCACAGAGAAUCGCUGAAGACUGAGAUGUCAGGUAUAGUUCAUGAGCUGAUUGUGACCUACAACCCCAAUGACAGCACGAAUACGAGCACGGAGGACACGUGGGACUACAUCCAGGGGACGCUCCAGUGCUGCGGUUGGGACAGUUACCAGAAUUGGACCGAAAAUCCGUUUGUUAACAACCAAACUAACUACUACCCCUGCUCUUGCGUUAAGAAUGCAAAUGAUACUAAAGGUUUCUGCGAUUCUCCUUCUGCAAAUCUUUAUCCAGUUGGCUGCAUGAAGCAAGUGGAGGACUGGCUGCAGGGCAACCUGGGGAUUAUCCUGGGAGUGUGCGUUGGAGUCGGCGUGACUGAGUUAAUAGGACUCGUCCUGUCCAUAUGUCUCUGCCGGAACAUCCAAAACGAAGAUUACACCAAAGUACCAAAAUACUAAGAAGUGUCGGCCUUUUUCCGAAACGUCACGGAAUUCCCCGCCCUUGAUGGAAGAAGCAGAGGGGGUGGGGAGGAUUUGUAACAUAAUGACCCCUCCCGAUCCCCCCCCCCCCACCACCAUGUGUAUAUAUUUAUAUAUGCUGAGUCCUUGUUCAAAUUAAGGAGAGAACCACGCUUAGAGAAGAAGUGAUGUCAUAGUUGUGACAUCAUCAGGGUUCAAUGACUUCAUUACAUGGCAGAUUUUUUUUUUUUUUUUUUUUUUAAACCUCUAAGUUAAGGUAAAAAUGGUUCCGGCCCGAGAACAAUAGGGGAUUUUUUUUUUUUUAUAAUUUUUUUUAAUUUUUUUUUUUUGGGAUCCCGUGAAGAAUUAGUGUAGAAUUGUUGUUAUUAUUAUCCAGAAGAAUUGGAUAGAAAUGUUGACUUAGAGUUAGAGGUGAGACGCUCUGCAGAGCCCCAGCAUGUCUGAAAUGCUGGAAAUUUGGGGUGGGGGGUUAUAACGCCCCAUGACAGAAAUGGGGGGAGGGGUGAUGUCUUUAUAUGGCUAUUAAUGCUUUGUAUAGUGAUAUGUAAAGAACAAAAAAAAGCCAAAUAAUCUAAAUAGAGCCUUUUUAUUUCUGUAUAAAUACAAUAGAUGUAAAUAAAUGUAUGGUA